AUGCUGCCCAGCUGUGGAGGCCUGUCAAGGUGCAGACCUUCUUCCAGGAGCGACGCUAUGCAAGAGAGGGCGCAGCAAGAGAAGGCACAGCAAGAUCAGGCAGAAAGCUACCAGCAGCGGCUAGCCUGCCUGUCGUACGAGUGGGACGCUGUUGAGCAGAAGGACUCUGAGGCUAUAGAGCUUACAGCAGAAGAAGUCUCAGCCAAAGACCGUACUGGCUGGUUCAAGCGGACGCGCUGGGACGAGCACCUGCAGGCCUACCCAGACUGGAAGUUGCUUGCGUACGCUAUCCGCCUGCCAGGCGACGACGAGCCGCAGCUGCAGCGCGUUGUACAGCUAGUAGAGGAGCUGGUAGAGGAAGCAGUACAAGGGCUUAGCACGCUCUCUCUUGAGACGCUACGCUGGCUACGCAGUCCAAAGGCUCAGGAGCCUGAUGCUGCGCCAGGUAUGCGAGAGAGCCAGCCACUGCCAGCAGCACCAGCCGUACCAGCACUGGCCAGCAUUGCUCGUCUCUUCCCAUGGCAUGGCAGGCAGAAGCUGGCAGCAGAGCGGCUCCGGCAGUAUGUCUCCUCUCACGAUAGCUCUACUACAACCGCCAAGCAGCGGAAGUACAUCCUACGCCUAUCCCAAUCUCUCAUCUGCCAGGAAGUGUGCCACCAGCCAUCCAACAGCGGCCUAGUCCAUUUCAUAGCGGCUCUUGGUCUCUAUCCAGAGACUGGCCGGCUACGUGCUGCAGCUCAGUUCUCUCUACUCAGGUCAGUGAUCUACUGCGCACGCGCACUCACAGUAGACAUCUUUCCCAUUCUCGUCAAGUAUUUUCGUUUGACACUCUAG